ACAACGAGUGACCCGGUCGCGCAUGCGCAUUGCGCACGCCAAGAACACGGUUGAUUUCCUGCGCUAACGGAUGCUAUAACAAACUUGCUGUGACGUAGCGUCUCGCACACAGGUGUAAGGGUGUAGUGUUUGGGUGGGAUGCUAAUGGCACUGAGACCACAGAUUUAAGAGGACCUUCUGCUGAUCUUACCUGGUUGCUUUCACGUCAUCACAAAACAAACAAACCCAGAUAUGAAAAUAGCAGUGGAAGGCUGCUGCCAUGGCGAGCUGGACAAGAUCUACGAGACCAUUGGCUACCUGGAGCGUAAGGAAGGCAUUAAGGUGGAUGUGCUGCUGUGCUGUGGGGAUUUCCAGGCUGUGAGGAAUGAGGGAGAUCUGAAGUGCAUGGCAGUGCCACUCAAGUACAGGCACAUGCAGACCUUUUACAAGUACUAUUCAGGAGAGAAGAAAGCGCCAGUCCUGACCAUCUUCAUCGGUGGCAACCAUGAGGCUUCUAACCAUCUACAAGAGCUUCCCUAUGGAGGCUGGGUGGCCCCGAAUAUAUACUAUUUGGGUUACGCUGGCGUCGUUCGCUACAGAGGUAUACGGAUCGGUGGCCUUUCAGGGAUUUUUAAAACGCACGAUUACAGAAAAGGACACUAUGAGUUUCCACCAUACAGCCAAGAAACCCUGCGCAGUGUCUACCACAUUAGAAACAGCGAUGUCUUUAAGCUUAAACAGAUCCGCAUGCCCAUGGAUGUGUUCAUGACGCACGACUGGCCGAGGGGCAUCUACCACUACGGGAGCACGGAGCAGCUGUUGAGGAAGAAGAAGUUCCUGCGUGAGGAGGUGGAGUCAGGCACACUGGGAAGUCCGGCCGCCGCUGAGCUCCUCAAUCACCUGCAGCCCGGCUACUGGUUCUCUGCACAUCUACACGUCAAAUUCGCUGCCGUGAUGCAGCACGAGGCCAGGGGAAAUGCUGCUCCUAAGACAACCAAGUUCCUCUCUCUGGACAAGUGUCUUCCUCAUCGAGACUUCCUUCAGGUAGUGGAGAUCGCGGACAGACCUGGCUCCUCUGAAAAGCUGGAGUAUGACCCGGAGUGGUUAGCCAUCUUGAAGGCCACUACCCGCCUUCAGAAACCCUCACCAAACAUCUGGCACCCGCCUGAGAAUAACGGCCUUCACACUCGUUGGGACUACAGUGCAUCAGAGGAAGCCAUGAUGGAGAUAGUGAGUGCUUUAAAUGGGGAGCUCAGCAUCCCUGAGAACUUCAGUCCAACGGUGCCCGCUUAUGACCCUUCUCGCCCUCAGCCCCACGCCCCACCGGCCUACUGCACCAACCCCCAGACCACAGAGUUGUGUGCCACCCUCAGCCUCGUCGACAUCUACGCUCUGGCAGGCCAGAGCGCACAGAACUCUACGUCCUGGAGAGAGGAAGGAGCAAAUGAAGAGGAGGACGAGGACAACCAGAGCUCAGGUAGCGUAGAUGAACCCAGCGAGUACCCCACUGACACCUCGGUGCUCUCUAGCUCCUACAACCCUGACGAGAUUACCAUCGAGGAUGAGUGGGAAGAGGAGGAGGAGGAGGAGGAGGUGGAGGAGAAGGAUGGAGGGGAGGUAAAGAAGCCUGGAACAGAUGCAGUGGUUCCUGAGGCUCCAGUAGGAGUGCAGGACAGUGAUAGGGACAGCAGCCCCCAGCGAGAGGCCAUGGGCAGGCUUGUCCUACCACCUCCUCGCACAGCAUCAAAGAGUGAUGAGGCCUCAGAUUUGCCCCUUAGACUUCCUCCACCUUCUACACCGUUCUCGAGCUGUUUCUCCCAGACGAGCUCAGAGGAAGAGGGGGCCACGCCACCGGCCAGAGUGCCCAAGCGGCCGAGUGGAGAAACCAAGGGAUCAUUCACCCCCACAGGCAGCACCCCCCGGAUCAAACGGCGCAACCAGACCAUCUACGCAGCAGCUGACGACGAGGAGAGUUAGAAAAAGGUUGAGUGAACGAGUGAAAAUUUAUAGACUGAUGCAAAUUAAUUUUGUUUACCCAAGAGAGCUUUUUAGUUGUUUUUUUUUUUUAACGUUAACCAAUUUGGACCGUUGAUAAAAUGGGUUUUAAAGAACAAAGCUACUAUUAUUAUGGGAUAUUUUCGCUUUCUUACAUGCUGUCAUUGUCAUACACUUGUAUGAUAUUCUCAGUGUCACUGUGAUGUUUAUUGUUUAUGAUAAACAUUUCUUUUAACUAA